AUGGACGCGGAUGAAAAGCACGACUCCGAAGCGAAUGAAAAAUUGGUGGAUAUUCCUAAACCGCCCUCCAUCGAGGACUUCAUCGUUUUGAAGCCUGUCAGCCGCGGUGCUUUCGGCAAGGUCUACCUUGCACGGAAGAAGUGUAAUCCGCGAUUAUAUGCCAUUAAGGUGAUGAAGAAGGCAGACAUGGUUGAUAAAAACAUGACGGGCCAGAUGAAGGCGGAGAGAGAUGCACUUGCCCUUAGCAAAAGCCCCUUCGUGGUUCACCUGUUUUACUCCCUUCAGACAGCCACCAAAAUCUACCUGGUGAUGGAAUACCUCAUUGGUGGAGAUGUCAAAUCUCUGCUUCACAUCUAUGGAUAUUUCGACCAGGAUAUGUCUGUGAAAUACAUUUCAGAGGUUGCACUGGCUUUGGACUACCUCCAUCGUCAUGGUAUAAUCCACAGGGACUUGAAGCCAGACAACAUGCUUAUAUCCAACGAAGGUCACAUCAAACUCACAGACUUCGGCCUUUCUAAAGUGAAGCUUGACAGAGAGCUGAGUCUUAUGGAUAUCCUCACUACUCCAUCCUUGGUGAAACCAAAUAAAGAUUACUUCCGCACCCCAGGUCAAGUGCUCUCCUUAAUCAGCUCCCUUGGAUUUAACACGCCUGCACCAGAGGGCAAACGUCACUGCAGCACAUCUGCUGUGUCCAGCCCAAUGUCCUGUGGCAAAAUAAGACAGAAGAAUAACUCUCUUGGUUCUCCUCUGAUGAAGACAAAAGAUCGGGCGUACUCUCCGACUCGUUACCCUUGGAAAAUGGGGCCGACCAACACUGUGUUCAGUCCGCAUAAGCUGGCUAAAAAUCUGACUCCAAGGCUGCUGAAGACCAGGAAGAGAUUUGAGACGAUGAGUGCAGGCAGCGCCACCACCGACACUGAAGGUGGCAUCAGCCCGCUGUGGGAGUGUGAGGAGAAAGAAAAUGAGCAGAAAAGAGGAGAGCAUCCUCAGCCCAAAAGGCCUGAACAGGACUCUGCGCCCACCAAAACCAAUCUGGACCAUUUCGCAGGGAAAAAGUCUCCAGCGAACCAACCAGUUCGGAAUGAUAUUUGUCCAUCAGCUUCCUCUGUAAAGAGAAUGUUUUGUGACGUUGAGAGAAGUCCAGAGCCGUUGGAGAUCCAAGCCAAGAAGAGUAACGCAUGCUACAAGAGGUGCUACGAGAUUCCAGAGGAGACUGCGAGGUUUCACACGGGCCUGACUGGAACAUUUUCCAACAUCCAACUAGGUGACUUCAUUGCCUCCACAGAGGGGAUUGGGUUAGCCGAGGAGCGGAUCCCAAAUCGCUCCAGCCCCAUCGCUGUGACCAAAAGUCUGUUUUGUGAACUGGAGGAGCCGACGGAGGACGUGUUUGAGGAUGGAGCCAAAGACUUGUCGCAUUCAAGCUUCACAUCACCCCUCAAUGGGAACAGUGACAUUUGCAGGAGCUUGAGUCUCGACUCUGACGGGUCUAUGCAUGAAACGUCUCUCACCGGUGAAAGUCAUGCAUUUCUGAACUCAAGCAAGUGUUCAAAAACCAGGAAUUUAGCAUCACCUGAGUUUCUCCCAAAAAACAGUUCUGCUGUUUCUACUGAAACACCCAAACUUGGUAACUUUGGUUGGAGAGGUGAAUCUCAGUGUUCCUUUUUUAACCGGCUCCCUGAUCUAGCCUCCAGUGUUGAACAGUCGCCCUCGUUCCUCAAGCCACGGAAUGUUGUAGCUUUCCGGAGCUACUGUAGUUCCAUUAACCGCUCCAACAUGUCCAGGGUUUCCCGGCUCAGCAUCGGGUCCGUUGAAGCUAUGGAUAUGUCCACAACAGCUUCUUAUCACACUGCGUCUGGCACUUUAACACCAGUGCAGAAAAGACCCAAUGCCAACAGCUCUCUCAAUCAGACUCCUCAGCCCAUGACGACCUCUCACACACCCUUCAGGACUCCAAAGAGUGUCAGACGGGGAGCGUUGCCUGCUGAGGGUGCACCCAUUUUAGGAACUCCUGACUAUUUGGCUCCAGAGCUACUUCUGGGAAAACCACACGACUGCAUGGUGGACUGGUGGGCGCUAGGCGUGUGUCUUUUCGAGUUCCUCACAGGUGUUCCACCUUUCAACGACGAGACACCUCAGCUGGUCUUCCAGAAUAUUCUCAACAGAGAUAUUCCCUGGCCUGAGGAGGAGGAGGAACUGUCUGUCAACUCAAGAAAUGCGAUUGAAAUCCUCCUGACCAUGGACAUGACCAAAAGAGCUGGCCUAAAGGAGCUCAAGCGUCACCCCCUGUUCGAGGGCUUGGACUGGGACAACCUGCAGAACCAGCCGAUGCCUUUCAUUCCUCAGCCGGAGGAUGAAACAGACACCUCAUACUUUGAGGCGAGAAACAACGCUCAGCACAUCGCCGUGUCGGGCUUCAGUCUGUAGAGUAACAAACGGCAGCAGUCGACCAUGUUUGGCUGUUGAUGAAUCACUUACUUACAUUUUGAAACACUUGGAAAAAAUCUUAUCCGUUAAAUAAAUGAAUACACAGUAAUGAUGAUUAACUGUUUACAGUUGUUAUAUUAAAAAACAACAUUUUACUUAUGUGCAAUCACUGGUCCGAAGAAAAAAGCUGAAUCUCUUGACUGCUCACUUUCUGUAGUUUUGCAUUGUUUAGCAACUUCUUUUAAAACUUAGUAUUAUCGUGUUCAGCUGUAGGUCUCUUAAAUGUCUUCUACUAGCAAAAUACUAGUAGAUACUUAUAAUAGGCUUUGGUUUCUGUAUUAUAGUGUUAUAUUGAUCAAACACAAAAUAAAUAUGUAUGUAAACUGAUGUGAACGGGGCGCCUACAGCCUGCUGCACUGUUAAUGUUCCCCUGUUGUUAGUGGACUAGGUGGGUGGGCCCCCUCAAUUUCUCAAUGAGGGGUUCAAUACUGCUGAAGAGAAACAUGGUAAUAUAUUCACCAAUAAUGUAUUUUAUGUGUAAAUCGUGUUAAUGUUGUUUUAAGGCUUGGCCGAGUACUCUGUGCUCGAACAGGGCUGUUUUUUGCUGCUUUUAUGUUACUUGUAUUGGUUGUUUUGAUGUGAUAUCUCUGUAUUCCACACACUAGUCUUUUCUUUUACAUAAAUUCACUUGGCUUUCUUUACACUUGUGAAUUUUUAUCUUGUUCACCCUGUAAAAAUGGAAAAAUACAAAUAAAAUAUGUUUGUAACAUGA